AGCCACACACACUCUCCCUCACACACACUCUGAGCUCUCAUUGAACGGCAGCAGACACACACUCAGGAAUCCUCCGAGUCUUGUUUUUGGUGCUUUUCUCAGUCUGCAGACAUGAUACCAAAGGCUCGUCUGGGGAAGCGUUCUCCUCUUGGGGCACUUGUGACCUCUACCUGUCCGGGGGUCAACCUGGAGACUGGUGAGACUGUGGUGACGAUGGUGGCAGCGGGACAGCAAGCGACAAGCAGAGCAGACGGCCAUCUUGGAUUAAAGAUGUAUUUCCAGUGUGGAGGAGCAGGUGAAUCUUCAGUCGACAGCUCGCCUUCAUCCUGCAGCAGAUCCGUGUCCUCCAGCAUCGAUGUCCCGAAAAGUCAGAGGAGUCCUCAUGAGGUGGACAUGAACGAGCUGAUGGCAGCGAUGGUUCUCAGCAGUUUGUCCUGCAGCCCGCUGCUGCACAGCCCCGCCCAGCCUGACCUCGCAGCAGCUUCGAUGGAAUGUGGCGGCGGCGAGCUCUCCGACAGCGGCUACUGGAGCGUCGGCCACGCUCACCGAAGCCCGGCUCCUUCCCCGCCAAUCAAAGAGUCCGAUGCCAGCCCGGCCACGCCUCCUGAUGAGGGUGUUGACAUGGAGCUGGACCAGGUGCUGUUUGAUGAGCCAGCACCACGGAAACGCAGGAACUCGGUGAAGGUGGCGUACAGGUGUCUGUGGCCGAGCUGCGGUAAAGUGCUGACGUCUGUGGUGGGAAUUAAACGCCAUAUCAGGACGACACACCUGUGCCGUGGUGGCGAACAUGAGCGCUGUUCCCGCAGUGAGGAGGAUUUUUACUACACUGAGAUCAACCAAUGGGAGCAUCCGCAGCAACGGUCUCCUCCCCAUUCUGGACACAGCGGCUCCUCCCCCGCCUCACCGGCUUCCUCCCCGUCCUCGCCUUCCAGCCCACCAACACCGUCUCCACCGUCUCCCUCCUGUGCCGCCCUGAGUUGCUCCGCCCCCUCGUCUUCUGGCAGCUUCUGGCAGGUCCAAUCAGAGCACUCCUACCAGGCUCCUCCUCCGAGUCAACACGUGGUGUCAGCGGCAGCAGCCACACCAUCCUGCCGUUGGACAGCCCCGCCCACCACCUGCCACAAACAGAGUCUGUCAUUCCGGGUGCGUUCGGUCAGUGUGGGAGAGCAGUGGCUGCAGCAUCAGAGCGCCCCCUCCAGAAGGAUUCGCGGCGAGGCCAAAAAGUGUCGUAAGGUUUACGGCAUCGAGCACAGAGACCAGUGGUGCACAGCCUGCCGCUGGAAGAAAGCCUGCCAGCGCUUCCUCGACUGAGGCGAUGGGAAGAGGCAGGAAGACUGGGAGGAAGAACAGAGGCUGGACUUUACUGGUGGAUGUUUCUUUUAAUGUUUUUACAUCUGGAACCAGAAACGGUCCCAAACCUGUGCGAUGAACAUUUGGCAGCUCUGAAGCAGCUUUACACGUCCGCGUCACUUCCAGCUGAGCGCUCUGCGACUAAAGGAGCAUUUCACGGUUUCUGCCGCUCACAACAGCUGCUCUUAUCUCUCUGUAAACACUUUGACUCUACUGAUCUGAAGUAACUACACUCGGAGGUCAGUUUAUUAGGAACACAGCAGCAAAUCUGCCAUCAUAGAGGUUUCAACACGUCGGAGCUGCUUCACACGUAUCCUGCUCAGCGAUGUCGACCAAAUAACAGAAACGGACGCCUGAAGUGAAGCAAAGGUUGAAGGUUACGUUUUUAAUGAGUCAGAUUUACAGACUGUCCAAGUCUGGUUUGGUGCUAAAAAUCCAAAUUUAAAAGAAAAGCAGCACACGUGAGAUCCUGGAAGUCAGAUUUUAGUUUGAAAUCUCAAGCUCAGCGUCUCGCUGUGAGAGGGUGAAGAGAAUAUUUACAGGCAGUUUCUACAGUUUUUUCUUUUUUAACAAAAAUUUUAAGCAGAAAAUUCAGUGCUGCUUCCAUUUUUUAAACUUGCUGCUCCUAAUAAACUGGUGACAGAGUACGUAACAUUUGCGUGCAUAUAUACAAAUAGAGCUAUAAUGAAAGAGUUCCUCUUGGAGCUAACACCUGGCACCUAUUUUUUUGUUUCUUUUUGAUAUGUUGUAUAAAGAGCAGAACUGACCGUCAGCAGCUUCUGAUCGCUGAGACGUCGGCGAGUUUCUGAGAGGCUGAAAACACUUAAAACGAGACUUUUCUCGAGCAGGUUCUGCUGAAACGCGGCCGCUAACGUCCCGUUUCUCAACAUCUCGUCUGGAUUAAGUCUUUUUUUUUGUAAUGUUUGGAAGCUGAAGCCAUUUCCGUCUCUGUGCAGUAUUGAUCCGUUUACACAGAGUUAUAAUAUCUAUAUUUUAUAUCUGCUCUUUUCUGAGAUGUACAUACAGAUGAUGUAUUAUGGGUCCAAAUAUGACGUCAAUAAUCAGUCUCACCGCAGCGAAUACGAGACAAAGAUGUGUUGAUAUUCUGCUUGUUUAUGAAGCAAACGAGGAAGCUGAGGAGCGAAAUCGUGUCGUUUUUACCGUGAUUUCUUUUCUACAUGAUGUCAGUCCUGAUGUUGUAGUAAAUAAAGCAGAAAAAACUCUGGAAA